CCCUGACGCUUUGCCCUUCAGUUUUAAUCAAGAUUCAUGCAAAUCAGAGCAGUAGUUUCUGCAUAAUCAUGAUAAGACAGACAAACAAACCUCAUGGCGUUGAACAGAAAUCAGCAUGAAAUAAAGCCAAAAGGUCGGGCGACCACGGAGCAGAGACAAACAGCUGCAGCUCUCUGAGUACUUGGAAUUUUUCGGAUGCAGAAGUGGCAGACUGUAUCUAGGGGAAGAUUAUGGGGGUUUUAGACACAGUGGUUUUAGCGGCGUUAGUCUUUGCGUUGUUGUGGGUGCUUCUCCUGAGAGGUCGUAGAAAGUGGCAUUUACCUCCAGGACCAUCCAGUGUUCCCAUUAUAGGAAACCUGCUCCAACUGGACCCUAAAGCUCCGUACAACAGUCUGCUGAAGUUCAGUGAACGCUAUGGCCCCGUGGUCACUCUGUACCUGGGCCCUCAGCGGGUCGUGGUCCUGAUCGGAUACGAGGCUGUCAAAGAGGCUCUGGUGGACCAAGCAGAGGACUUCAUUGGAAGAGGACCGUUUCCUUUUCUUGUGAAAGUUACAGAUGGCUAUGGGUUGGCGGUCAGUAAUGGAGAGCGAUGGAAGCAACUGCGACAAUUUACCUUGACGACACUGAGGGACUUUGGGAUGGGACGUAAGAGGAUGGAACAGUGGAUCCAGGAGGAGAGUAAACACCUGGUGGCUCGAAUUGACAGUACAAAAGCUUCACCUUUUGAUCCCACCUACUUCCUGAGCUGCACUGUGUCCAAUGUGAUCUGCUGCUUAGUGUUUGGUCAACGAUUCAGCUACGACGAUGACCACUUCCUCCAACUUCUGCAGAUUGUCUCAGCAUUACUGAAAUUUGCCAGCAGUCCCUGGUGUCAGUUAUACAAUGUCUUCCCUCGGCUGAUGGAGUAUCUGCCUGGUCGUCAUCAUAAAGUGUUUGGCAGAGUUGAAACACUGAAAAGGUUUAUUAAGAAAAAGAUCCGGGAGCACGAAGAAACGCUAGAGCCAAGUUCCCCUAGAGAUUACAUCGACUGCUUUCUCAUCAGAUUGAACAAGGAAAAAGACCUUUCCACAUCUGAGUUCCAUUAUGACAACUUGGUCUCGACGGUGUUUAAUCUGUACAUGGGAGGAACAGAAAGUACCAGCUCCACCAUAAGAUUUGCUCUGAGUGUAUUGAGUAAAUACCCUGAAAUACAAGAAAAAAUGCAGCAGGAAAUUGACUCUGUGAUUGGACAAGAACGUGACCCUUUCAUGGAGGACAGGAAGUCCCUCCCCUUCACAGAUGCUGUUAUUCAUGAAAUUCAACGUUUUAUGGAUAUCGUCCCCAUGGGAGCUCCACGCUACGCACUCCAUGACAUCUCCUUCAGAGGUUACACGAUCCCGAAGGGUACGAUCAUUCUUCCUGUGUUACACUCUGUACUGAAAGAGAAAAAACACUGGGCAACUCCAUUCUCCUUCAACCCUGAACAUUUCCUGGAUCACAACGGAAACUUUAAGAAAAACCCUUCAUUCCUGCCUUUCGCUGCAGGAAAGAGAGCCUGUGCUGGAGAGUCUCUGGCUCGUAUGGAACUCUUCAUCUUUCUGGUGUCCCUUCUGCAGAAUUUCACCUUUUUUAUUCCUGGAGGUCCUGACGGUAUAGACCUCAGCCCUGAGUACAGCAGCUUCGCCAACAUUCCUCGUACAUAUGAGAUUAUUGCCACCCCUCGGAGGCAGUGACAGUUUGGAAAAGGACCUCCCACUUUGGUCUCUUUUGAUUUGUCAUCUGUUUUUGGCAUCCUCAUGUUUAUUCUUAUUUCAAGAGUCCUGGAAAAUUCCAACAGUAAUAAUGACUCGAUUUUGUGCAGCUA